GCAAGGCUUUCAGCCACUCUAGCCUGCAUCUUCAAAGAAGAUGUAGUGAACUGUUUCGUGAUAAAACAUCAACCUAAUUUAGACGUUUGUUUAAAACAAGAAUACAAAACAAGAACUAGUAGCAAAGUAACUAGAAGUGACAACCAUGACGUCAGUGAUACAUAUCGUGUCACUUCUAGCAGUGUUGUUGGCGCCGGCGCUUGCCGUGCAAGUGAGAGUGAGCGAUGGCUUGUUGGAGGGAGAGCGACUGAUCAACGAGUAUGGCGGUGCUGAGUACUUCAGCUUUAGAGGAAUCCCGUAUGCGCAGCCACCUCUCGGAAAUCUCAGAUUCAAGGCUCCACAACCUCCGACCCCGUGGAACAAUGUCCGCAGCGCCAAGGAGUUUGGUAACAAUUGUCUGCAGUACGACUUGUUCAUAGACAAAGGAAAGCGAAGUGGCGAUGAAGAUUGUCUGUAUCUCAACGUGUACACUCCUGAGAUCACUCCCAGCGAGCCUCUGCCAGUCAUGGUCUGGAUCCACGGAGGAGGCUUCGUCUCCGGCAGUGGGGAUGACAAUGUAUACGGACCUAAGUUCCUUGUGAGACACGGAGUUAUUUUAGUCACGAUUAACUACCGACUCGAAGUUCUUGGUUUCCUUUCCUUAGACACAGAAGAAGUCCCUGGAAACGCAGGAAUGAAAGAUCAAGUGGCCGCGCUCAGGUGGGUCAAUAAAAACAUCGCCAACUUCGGUGGAGACCCUCACAACGUUACCAUAUUCGGUGAAAGCGCUGGAGGGGUCAGUGUCUCUUAUCAAGUAAUCUCACCAAUGUCCAAAGGAUUAUUCAAGAGAGCCAUAGCUCAGAGUGGUGUCAGUGUCGGUUAUUGGGCGCAGUCAUAUAGGCCAAGAGAAAGAGGCUUCGCUUUGGCCAGGAGUUUAGGAUUACAUACUGACAAUGUCACUGAAGUUUAUGAGUUCCUGAAAGUUCAGCCAGCUGAAUCACUCGUACAAAUCAAGGCGGCAGUAACUUACUCCGAACACGAAAGACCUAACGUUGAAGUUUACUUUAGCGUGACUGAUGAAAAACAAUUCGGAAACAAUGAGAGAUUCUUCUACGGAGAUAUGGUGAAUGCAGUGUCAAAAAACGUCCACGAAGGCGUAGAUAUUAUGACAGGAUACACGGCUGACGAAGGACUCAUGGGUGUUGCUAUCUUCGGUCAAAUCAAUUCAAGUUUAGAACAAGCUAGAAGUUUCCCACAAUUCUUUGUAUCCUACCCAAUGUCGCUCAAUUUGCCAGUUGAUGAUCAAUUGGAACUUGGAAUGAAAAUCAGGGACUAUUAUUUUAAAAAUCAGAUUUCAAUACCUGAUGAUUGGGAAGGUCUAUCAAGAUACUACGGCAUGGAUAUAUUCUCAUUCCCCACUGUGUGGUGGAUUAGGCUAAUCGCUCGCACGAAUAAGAACAAGGCAUAUCUGUACAAGUUCACCGUCAAGUCCGAGCUGAACAAGGCUGCUCACAUGAUGGGAUUAGCCGACAUACUCGGAGACAGGCAGGUGGUCGCUCACAGUGACGAUUUGUCAUACUUGUUCAGUUCAGUUCACAUGCCUACUUUUGACAUGACCACGACCCCAUUCUUAUACAUUGACCGUGUUUGUAGGCUGUGGGUCAAUUUCGCGAAAUAUGGGGACCCUACUCCUGACGCAUCGUUGGGUGUGGAGUGGAAGCCAUACUCGCUGGAGAAGCAAGACUACCUGGACCUCGGCAACCAGCUGGUGGCCGGGAACGAGCCAGAUGCCGAAGAAAUAAAGUUCUGGGAAGAUACUCUAACUGAAUUCGGGCAGAGACUGUACUUGGAUGAAGAUGAGGAUUCGGUCAACUCAUCCCGGUCAGCACUCAUCCCGCAGGAUAAGUUGUCCGCAUUAAUAUUAUUGUUAUUUUUCUUUGGCCAAUUCCUCCGGCUUUAAAGAAAAGGUUCGUUUUGGGGAAAAAAAUAUACACAGCUUGGUUAGACUGAUAUACUUAAAAAAAUGCACUAGGACAAUGACCAAAGCCUCGACUGUACUGAUUAAAAUAUGUUGUUAUUAAAUUCUAAUUAUUUAUUACAAA